UAGAAUUGUUAACAAAAUUUCCAGCUAAUUCUUUUCAUGGUAUACUUAACACUUAGUUAAAUUAUUUUGGACACGUUUACUUAUAAGACCAGCACGAUGUCGACAGACAGUGGGACUGUCCACAAUUUACCUGACAGCAUACUCAAGAAGUUACCUAAACUUUCAUCUGUGACAGACAGGUUCGGCAACACCUUUCAUUUCGGCAAUGCUGGUGGCUUUUGGCACCCACCAUUCCCUCUCGGUGCCGACACUGACUACAGGACACACCUACGUAAUAUCACGGAUAUGGAGAUACGUCCUGAUGAUGUCAUGAUAUGUUCAUACCCCAAGACAGGUCUCCAUUGGCAAAUGGAAAUUAUGGCCAUGCUCAUGCAGAAAACAGGGACGAUGGAUACAGAGACGGAAGAGAAACUUUGUUUCUUAGACGCUAAACCUGUGCCUUCCUUCACCAGUAGGCCCUCCCCUAGGCUCAUUGUAACCCACGUGCCCUUUAGAUAUCUACCCAAGCAAGCCUUAGAAAAGAAAAUUAAAAUCAUCUACUUAGACAGAAACCCAAAGGAUGUCCUUGUGUCUUAUUACAACCAUAUGCACAAACAUGUAUCGCCGUUACAUUACCCUGGGACAUUUGAACACUUUGUUUACCAGAACCUGGAAGUUGGUUAUUUCUACGGAGACAUGUUUAGUUAUUUGCUAGAGUGGCAAGAAGGUAUUGACGCUCACCCCGAAGUUCCCAUCUACGUUUCGAUGUACGAGGAGUUGAAACUGGAUGAAAGAAAGGGCGUAAAAAAACUGAAUAAGUUUCUAGACACAGGCUGUAGCGAGGAGCUGUGUGAAGAGAUUGCCGAUACCUGCAGCUUUGGCAACAUGAAACAGUUCAAAGAAAUGACCUCAUCGGAGAUGCUUAAGUCUUUGUUUCGUAACAACAAAAACAACUUCUACAGAAAAGGUGACGUAGGUGACUGGAAAAACUGGUUCACUGUGGCUUUGAACGAAGAAUUCGAUAGAGAAUACAAGAAACACAUGUCGGGCUACAGAACUCUUUACAAAUAUACCCUACAGUGAAAUAGUCAAGUCUAUUACAACAUCAUUUGAGGCGUUACCAGAUUUUUCUUCCAGACUUCUCUUCAAUGGGUGGGGU